UUUAUUGAUCUAUAUUUAGUGAAAUAGACCCUGGCACUAACUACGUGAGCAGUGUUGACAUGUUUUCAUUUACCAUUAAGACCUGUUUAAAGUCCUGCAAUUGGUGCGCCAACAAGGGUUGUGUGGAUGAAUUUGCAUCCUGUCCCCAAUGGGCUAAAGGAGGAUACUGCUCUUCUCAUUCUUUCUUUAUGACUCAUUCUUGCAGAGAGAGUUGUGGAACCUGUGGAUUUCUAUCAAGUUUAAGCAAGGAGAAGCAGGUCUACAAUAAGCAAUCUUACUCUCGUAUUUCAGAUCCUGAUUUUGACUGUGGCAGAUAUAAAUCUUUUGAUGAUCUGGAAAGCAUUGGUGUAGAGGUAGCUAGAGGUAGAGAAGGUACUGACUUCAAUGAAACUGAAGAAGCAAAGUCUGCCAAAGCUGAGAGAGUAGAGGAACAUCUAUCUGAAUGUAGAAAUAUAAGCAUGGAAGAUGACCCAGAGAAAGUUUCAUUUGGAAAUGUUAAUUCUGACUCUAAGAUAUUCUGUUCAGCAUCAAUAAUAGCAGACAGAUGGAUGAUAACUGCUGCCCACUGCCAAGAUGAAGUCAAGAGCCCGGGUAGAAUAGUAUCACAGAUUCUACGAACAUCAUUUCCACAAUUUAAGGAAUAUGUUGAGGUAAAACGUACCUUUAUCCAUCCUGGAUACAAGACUGGAGAACUCAACUCCGACAUUGCUCUUGUAGAGCUGGGGCGUCGUGUAGAGUUUAAUCUAGAUGAGUUUGGAGAUACUCCAACCUGUCUAGAUCAAGGUCUAGAUCUACCUGGUAGAGUUGCCACAGCUCAGGGCUUUGGAAAGACAGAAUUGGAUAAUGGUGGUAAUUUGUUGGAAAUCAAUGUCACUUUAAUCGACACAAGCGAGUGCAUUGAUCAACUUGAAACCUUCUUCAAAACUAAACCAAAAACAAAGAAGAAAUUUUGUGACACAUUUCCUCUUGGAAUAUCUGAUGAUCACAUUUGUGCCAGAGGCAUUAAAAAGGUAAAUUGGUGUCAAAUUUCAUUAAAUAUAUAA